AUGGUCCCAUCCUCAUGGCCCUUGAAGCAGCAUCGUGCACAGGGAGCUCAGCUGGACCGGCUGGUGGAGAGACAGUCCCGAAAGGAACAUGCUGGGACAGGAGGACUGUGUCCAGGGGCCAACGAUCCUUGCGUGGAGAAGCCGUGUCCAGGGGACAUGCAGUGUGUUGGUUACGAAGCCAGCAGGAGACCGUUCCUCUGCCAGUGUCCACCGGGAAAGCUCGGAGAGUGCUCAGGGCACACUUCUCUCAGCUUUGCUGGAAACAGUUACAUCAAAUAUCGGCUUUCUGAAAACAGCAAAGAAGAAGACUUUAAACUGGCCCUGCGUCUGCGGACCCUACAAAGCAACGGGAUUAUAAUGUACACCAGAGCAAACCCCUGCAUCAUACUGAAGAUCGUGGACGGCAGGCUGUGGUUUCAGCUGGACUGCGGCAGCGGCCCCGGCAUCCUGGGCAUCUCGGGCCGCGCGGUCAACGACGGGAGCUGGCACUCCGUCUUCCUGGAGCUCAACCGCAACUUCACCAGCCUGGCCCUGGACGACAGCUAUGUGGAGCGCCGCCGGGCGCCCCUCUACUUCCAGACGCUGGGCACCGAGAGCGCCAUCUACUUCGGGGCCCUGGUGCAGGCGGACAGUGUCCGCAGCCUGACCGACGCGCGGGUCACGCAGGUGCUGAGCGGCUUCCAGGGCUGCCUGGACUCGGUGGUGCUGAAUAACAAUGAGCUGCCGCUGCAGAACAAGCGCAGCAGCUUCGCCGAGGUGGUGGGCCUGACCGAGCUGAAGCUGGGCUGCGUGCUCUACCCCGACGCCUGCGAGCGCGGGCCUUGGAAGUUGGCAAUGACAGGAGCUGGUCACUUUGCAGAAUCCCAAGGGCGCAGCAGGCCAGCUGCAGGGGCCUGGAAGGGACCCAACUUUGCCCGUGGGUUGCAUCUGCUGUCAAACGCCUCACUGUCCUUUGCUCCCCAGCUUCCCUCCUAUACUCGGAUUUGGGAUUGGGAUUCUGUGGCAGAGGACUCAGGAGGCCACGUUUCGGCAGAGUCUGUGCACGCUGAGCGGCAGCAGCAUCUGUGGCUCACGAGCUCCUCUGUUUCUCCAGGUUAUCAGUGUACUUGUCUCUCCCAAUUCACCGGGAGAAACUGUGAGUCUGAGAUCACAGCCUGCUUCCCAAACCCCUGCCGGAAUGGAGGCUCCUGCGACCCCAUAGGAAACACUUUCAUCUGCAAUUGCAAAGCUGGGCUCACUGGAGUCACGUGUGAGGAGGACGUCAACGAGUGCGAGCGGGAGGAGUGUGAGAACGGCGGCGCCUGCGUCAACGUGUUCGGGUCCUUCGUGUGCAACUGCACGCCGGGCUACGUGGGCCAGUACUGCGGGCUGCGGCCGGUGGUGGUGCCCAACAUCCAGGCCGGGCACGCCUACGUGGGCAGGGAGGAGCUGAUCGGCAUCGCCGCGGUGCUCCUGGUCAUCGUCGCCCUCAUCGUCCUCUUCGUCGUCUUCCGCAAGAAGGUCUUCCGCAAGAGCUACUCCCGCAACAACAUCACGCUGGUGCAGGACCCCGCCACGGCCGCCCUGCUCCGCAAGAGCAACGGCGUGCCCUUCCGGAGCCUGCGCGCCGGGGACGGCCGCCACGCGUACCAGGAGGCCGGGCCCCCGCAGGUGCCCGUGCGCCCCAUGGCCUACACCCCGUGCUUCCAGGGCGACUCCAGGAGCAACCUGGACAAGAUCGGGGACGGGCUGGGCGGCGAGCCCCAGGAGAUGACCACCUUCCACCCCGAGUCCCCGCGCAUCCUGACGGCCCGGCGGGGCGUGGUGGUGUGCAGCGUGGCCCCCAACCUGCCCGCCGUGUCCCCCUGCCGCUCCGACUGCGACUCCAUCCGCAAGAACGGCUGGGACGCGGGCACCGAGAACAAAGGGGUUGAUGACCCGGGAGAAGUGACCUGCUUUGCAGGCAGUAAUAAAGGCAGCAACUCGGAAGUGCAGUCCCUGAGUUCCUUCCAGUCGGAUUCGGGCGAUGACAAUGCAUCCAUAGUGACUGUCAUUCAGCUUGUCAACAAUGUAGUUGACACUAUAGAGAAUGAAGUGUCUGUCAUGGAUCAAGGACAGAACUUCAACCGAGCCUACCACUGGGACACGUCCGACUGGAUGCCCGGGGCCCGCCUGUCCGACAUAGAAGAGGUGCCCACCUACGAGAGCCAGGAGGGCGCGGCGCCGCCGGGCAGCGCGCGCGGGCUGGAGAGCGACUACUACCUGGGGGGCUACGACGUGGACAGCGAGUACCCGCCGCCGCACGACGACGACUUCCUGGGGCAGGACCCGCUGCCGCCGCCGCUGCCCGAGGACUUCGCGGACCAGUACGACGGCCUGCCGCGCGCGUUGAACGCGGGCGCGGAGGCCGCGGCGGGCCCCGCAGACGGCGCGGCCGUCCCCUUGCACAUCGCCCGGGGCCCCUCGUCCUCCGACGUGUCGGCCGGCUGCGGCUUCGACGACUCCGAAGCGGCCGUGAGUGACUAUGAGAGCGUUGGGGAGCUCAGCCUCGCCAGCCUCCACAUUCCCUUUCUGGAGACCCAGCAGCAGACCCAGGUGUAGAGGCGGGGAGCAAAAAAGGAAAAGCUCAGAAAUUGUUUCUGAGAGGUGACCCAUCGCCCGGGCAGCGCGUGUCUGCCUACAUGACCCAGAAGGCGCACCGAGUUUUUCCAGGGGAAGCGAGCUCCGCCGUGACGUUAGACGCCCGUCUGUCUGCUUUCUGCAGUCUUGUGCCCUGCCAAGUGUUACAGCGUCGGGCCGGCCCUUGCAGUAUUAUUAACUGGCAGCAAGCCAAGAGGCUUUGUUGCAUGUAAUUUUGAGCCAAUGGGGGGAAAUGAAAAUAGUAGUUAUGACUGUUGGAAAAGUUAGUCUCUUAGGCAAAAGAAAAGAGGAACGACCAUUACUAAAUAAGAAAAUGGGCUGAAGCCUUUCAAAUCAACUUUUUAUUUUUUUAAAUAAGCUACCCAAUUUUCAGCUAUAAAGUUAGGUUUGGGUAACAUGUUUAGUAUGCUCAGUUAUUUUUGUUUGUUUGUUUGUGUUAAGCAUCUGAAAUAAUAGAGUUGUAUUUUAUGAUCAUUGAGAAAGAUAUCAAUGAAGAGGAAUACUUGAGAUACCUGGGUUCCACUUUGUAGGUAGAGGGGAAGGUUAACAUUGUGCAAACAUUGGAAAGAAUGUGAUUAUCUGUCUUUGUGUUUUCCAGUAAAUAUUCCUGGCUGUAACUACAAUUUUAACAUUGUGGCAGAAAUUGGCCUUUGUUCUAAGAAUCAGGAAAUAAAGAGACAAAAAAAGGAAUAUUUUAGUACAUUGUUCCCUAGAAUGAGAGACAUUGAGAGGUUUAAACAGAAUUCAAAAAUUCAAGGAAAAAAAGAAAAUACUUCCAAAGUUUUCAGCUAGAUAAUCACAGUUCUUGAUAAUGCAGAUAAAAGUUAUGUGUUUUAAAUUGGUAGCAUUAUCACUAUAGAUGCAAUUUUGUUUUUUAAAAAAAGGAGAAGAAAGAUUAGCUAUUGUGUAUAAAUUAUAAUAGUGUGUGUGUCUGGGCCUAUGUACAGAUAUGUGCUUGCACUCAGUAAGGCUGCUCUUGAGGAGAAGUGACAGGAAGGUUUUAGGAUACAACCUAUGUUAAAAAAUCCUGCCAGCAAGGCCAACCUUCCAAUUUCUCUGAUCUUAAUAUUAGAGAAACACCAAAUGCCAUAUUUUAUUCCGAUUCAGUUAACUUUAUUUUGGUAUUGCCGUUUAUAUUAACUUGAAGCAAAACUGUGCUUUUUUAAGGAAGAAGACAAAACAGUAUUUUGUUAUAAUUUUUCAGAACUAAACUCUUAUUUGAAAAAAGUAUAAACUUUAGCUACACCCUGCCUUUUGGUUCUCCUCUCUUCUGACAUGCGGGCUUUGACCUUGAGUUUCCAAAAUUGCCAGGAGAAUCAUCUGACUGAAAAUAUAGUAACUCAAAGCUUAAAGUUGAUGAGCUGAGUAACUUUACUCUUUUGCUUCAAUCAGAUCAUGGGCAUGUGCACAGAGGCCAUGGUUAAAUAAAUGCAUAUUUGCACUCUCUGCAUAUGAGCGAAUCUCUGUGUCCAGUUUCUGGUGACAUAUGGCGUUGGUGUGUCCACCAUACCGUCCUGAAUCUGUGUAUCAUCCACUCAGACAUUUCAGUCAUGUUCAAUCCACUUCUUUGUAGGAGUCAAUGUUUCCAAAAGUUUGUUAAAACUUUGUUAAACAAACAAAAAUUCCUUUUCAUUCUCAAGCUUCCUGAGUAAACUGUACACUCAUACACUUCACAGAUUUUUCAGCUUUUCUCCUCUUCCUAUCUCUUAGUCAGACCUACUCAUGGAAACAUUAUCUGCACCGUGGUCUUGAAAUAAAUGAAUUUCACUAAGGCUGCUUGGGAGAAUGUAGUAUUUUUCUUAUGUAAGAAACCCAUUUGCAAGAAUCACAGAGAAAAUGACAAACUAAUGGUCUAGAAUAGAAUUGCUGCUACACUUUCUAUAAUGCAGUGGCAUAAAAAACAAUCAAAGUAAAACCAACAAUUCAUUUCUUGCCCCAGGAAAUAUUAGAAGGAGAUUAAUGCCGAUGAGUCACUCCUGCUUGCACAGCAUACCCUCCAGGGAGAGUGCCCUCGGAACCCAGUAAUGAAGGAAUAAAUAGAUCCUAAUGCUGUUGUGAAGUCACCCAAGAAAAUUGUGCCCACUCUUGGCUCUGACCUGUAUAAAAUACCUCUUUCUUCAGGAUAUCUUCCCCUGGUUUUCUUCAGAGUAGCUCUGCAGCUAAAUGUAUCCCAGACAAGCGUGUGUUAUGUUUUGAUCAAUUACCUUUAAACACAUGAUAUCUUUUCACUUUCUGGAUAAUUAGCUUUUCCUGUAGAUUCUGAAAUGGUUUGCAGCCAGGCCAAGAUGGAACUAGGUGGGGUGACCAAUGAUUCAAGAGCUGGAAGGGUGCUUAAGAUCUGCUUAUCUAAUCCCCUUAUUUUUAUAAAAGAGGAAACAUACCCAGAGAGGGGAAGGGACUCACCCAAGCUCUCACAGGAACUUAAGUAGCUGAACAAGAACUAGAGCUCAUCCGUUUGACCAGUAUUGUUUCUAUUACUAUUAUUCACAACUAACCUGCCUGGGGCAUGGUGUCUGCCUGCUUCUGCUGGAGCUUUUGAUUUCACCCCAUUCCUGCUUUGGAAUAUACUAGAAGAGAGAACUCAUGGAGAGUAUUUCUCUGGAAGCCUCAUGAUCUUAGAUUUUUUUUUGUAGCCCCCAUAGGAAAGGUGCAGUUACAGAAUUCAUACAUUUCUUUGGACAUCUAUCAAAACUGCUUUCACCAAAUGAAUGUUUUCUAAAAUGAAGAUGGAAUGAUAAUUAUAAAAUGGAACUCAAACUGAUCAGUAAGUACAGUAAAACUUACCUACCAGGUCCAUUUGUUUUUCUUUUUUCUUUCCUCCCAGCCCUGGUAUUUAUUCCUACCCAUUCACCCUGAUGAACCACACGGGAAAGAUUUAAGCCAAUUAGUGUCUUUCCCAUACAUGUUUUCCUAACAUGUAUGUGCUGCCUCUGGAAGCCAUUUUCCAUAGCCCGUUGUAGGCACUUUGCUUGUAUUGCACACAUUCUGAUUAGGUGGAGAGUAGCUGGACUAGUGAUGCUUGCCAUACAGUCAGCAGAAGCUCUGGGGCUGUAAAAGAUGAAGAAGGUAGGUGUUUAAUUUAUUUGCUUUCUUCUGUGAGGAUUUUGUUACUGAGUUUCAUUCCAUGCCAACUUUCCAUGUACUCCUAUCCUGCCAGUUCAUGAAAUGCCCUUGUAGAAGAUUUAGUGAUAGGAACAAGUCAAAUCCAUGCAUAUAAGAUUUAUCCUAUCAGAACAUCGGGGUGAAAACCUAGAAAGGGAAUUGAUGCGUUCCUGGAACUUACCUGGAACCACUCUUGGGAAUCAGCAGCAGAGCCUGGGGAAACAGAGCAAGGAAAACACUGUCAGCCAAUUCCUGUUUACUUACCGCCCCCACCACCACCCCACCUCCGCCCCCGCUGCCCCGCUGAGGCUCGAGUCUACACGAUAGCAUCAGGGAGACGAGAGACAAGCAAACUAGAUCACUUAGGACCCAGGGACACCUCCGUGGGGGAAUUCGGGGAGCUCUGGCAUGGGCUGUCCAGGUGAUCGUCUGGUCUCUCCUGUCUGCUGCCCUCCCAGUGCACAGAUAUUGCUAAAGUGGUUAGGUUUUAUGUGUUUUGUUUUUCGCUUCCAAUCAUGAGAAAUGGAGAUGUGAAGAGGCAUUUCUUUCACGUCAUCAUUUUGUGUGGUCUGUGAGAAGGCGGGUUCUGUGUUUUUGCUGGGCUUUGUCCUGCAGCGUUCAACUGCACAUUAUUCUGGUGGAAAUCCACAAUGUCUUUAAGCUUCUGGUUGUAUAAUUCUAGGGUUUAAAGUUGCCAUAUGUGGAUUUGGCAACAGUUAAUAUUUAGCCAACUGGCUAAGAGAUAGGAAAAGAAUAAGAUUUUCUUUCCUUAUGUAAUAAUAAAAAGCAAUAAUUACAAAUAUGUAAUAUUACACAAAGGCCAUAAUUAGUCUCUUCCAGUGUUUAGAAUGCACUCGAGAAUCGUGGAGUCGUUUGGAGUAUGUUUGGACCCAUCAGUAUGUACUGUAGUACCCUUCUGGCAAACAAAUACCUGAAUUGCUACUAUUGAACAAUUUUAUGAGCCCAUACUACUGCAUUUCGGGAAGUGACAAAUGUGUUCAGAUGUGUUCAGAAAUGGAAGCAGUUCUUUUUAAGCACUGUAUCAGAGAGAUUGUCAUGUAAAUUUACCUGUUACAAACAGGCUGGUUUGUAAAAGAUGUAUGUUUCGGUGUUAAAAUGUUUAUAAAAUUGUAUAUAAUGGUUUCAAUUUUCCAGGCUUUUGUAGAUAUACUGUAUUUGAUGCCUAUCAGGAUUCUUUAAUUUGGGGGGUUGAAUAUAAUUCUAAGUCACCCAUGCUGUUGGUCUGCAAACUAUUGAGGUAACUGCGCGCACACACAUAAAGCAUUUUAGAUUUGAAAAUGAUGUUUUUGAAUCACUUCCAAAUGUACUGUAGCCUUUCUUUGGUUUUACUGUUUUCAUUUAACUUUCUCUGUUUCCAAGAAAAUGUUCUUAUUGACAUUUUAAAAAUCAAGUGUGUUUUGCCCAGUUACUAAGUACCUAAUUUGUAUGCCAUCUCAGAUUCAGAAUGAAGUGCAUCGUUUCUUCACACUCACAUACACUCACCUCAACUUGCACACACAUCACACACCAAACCUUAUGCAAAGGGAAAGCGAACACUUAAAGUGGAUCCUGCCCCUUAUGGAAAUGGAUUGUUUCUGCAUAUAAUGCUGUUGGCAGUGUUCAGUCUUGUGUUCUUUUUCUAAAAAAUGAAAGAAAAACAAAAAAGAUGACAA